AUGGUGAGAACGGCUCAGAUUGCACGGUAUCCAUCUGAUCCAAUUGACCGAUGGAUUCAACGGGAAUAUGCCGACCAUCAAGGCAACACUGUCAUUCUGGGGAAGUUUCCCUAUGAAAGCCAGUUCUAUCGGCCGGAGGAAGGUGGAGCUUACCGACUUCAAGUAUACAGCACCACUCCUAUCCAGACAGAGGAGCUUAACAAGUUGUACGCAUAUUUCUGCUUUGACCUCACCUGGCCUCCCUUUCUAGAAAUUUACUCCUACAACCCACCGGAUGGUCUAGCCUGCGUCGAGCAUCAGCGUCGUGAAAUUGCUCAUCGCAAGCGUCUCCAAGCCGAACAGCGCGAAGGCGAAUAUGACGAGUCUCUUCCCCCCUUGAUUCCAACGAUGCGAACCGGCUUCGAGGAUAUGUUCAUGUCGGGAUUCUGUUUCCUUCUCACGUCGAAGAGCUACCUCCAGGGUUCAUUCCAAGACAAUGACCACGGCACGGGCCCCUGGUGGAUUAGCUUCGAUCGGAGUCUUCCGUCUACAGUGAAGAAGCUGGACAUGAUUAAACGUCUUGACAAUCCGCCGAGUAAGCUUCAAACUUUCAAGGAAUGGGGGAUUUCAGUCAAUCCGGAAAUUCGCGAUAUCAAUGUGAAUAUUACGACAAGCCAGAGCAUAAUAAGGUGGGACAUGAAAGAGCUUAUGCGAGGAAUCUAUUCGACGUAUGUUUAUAACCAAAUUGAUUAUGGACUCCAUGAACCACCCCCGCCCCCACCGUCCGAGGAGACUCCGACCUUGCAACACAUCCAGGAGGUUUUAGAGCAGCAGCAAACGGCAGAAGUCCAGUCUAUAGACUCGACCGUACUUCGCCUUAUAUGGGGACCUGAAAACAAUAUUGUCACAGUCACAAAUAACUCUUCGGAUGGGGAAUGCGACCUUCAAUACGUGAUCUACGUCCAGUUCCUCGCGGCUAUCGAGCAGGAAAAGACCGCCCUACUGGAGACCACUGCACGCAUAUUCGCCGCUGGCAUUAUCUCCCAUCUCCCUGCCUCCAAAACGAUUUACUUUGAGUUCCGGAUUCCUGGUACCUCCUUGUCUUCCCUUAUAUCCGCUGCCCCCAACGGAUUCGAGGUUGGUGCCUCCCAUGAAUUUGAGGCGGGCUCGGUCAUGCGAGCACUGCCUCAGAUUAGCCGUGAUGUUUCUAUCAGCCCUAUACCACAUCACUUCUUUACUGUGGUUCUUGAUAAGCCUGCCUUCAUCCAAGAACCCAGUGUGCUAUUCUACACCCUGUGGACCGACCCUCGGCAAUACAUUGAACUGCAGGGUAUCGAUACGGUAAUUGAGACUCUGCGGAGCGCUGGUAUUAAAGAAGCUGCAAGAAGGCUUGCAAUGCUAGCGGUGGAGGAGAAAUUCCAGGAUUGUCCAAGGAAGCUCACGCGAGAGGAGCAUAAGGAAUUAUUGUCUUUGUCGCCAGAGGACUGCUCAACUUUCCGUCUCCUUUACCUCGCCGCAACGUCCCGCUCUGGGGACUUCAAUCACUUGUGCGGUAAUGAAGUCAAACUCGACCAGCCUUCCCUCUCGCCCCCUAGGACGUCUGUUCCCGAGGAGAGACUAUCUGAAGAAUACCAAACGAUGACUCAGCGGGAAUACGAUCCAGGGUUGGGGCCUCCGUUUGCCGUCAUAAAGUUCUCCUGUCACAGUCUCCUGGACCCUACUCAACUGGGCUUCAUGCGUAUCUAUUUGCAAAUCCCUAUUGAUUGUACCUUUUCUAGCGCUCCAGAAGUCCCAGCCCGGCAGGCUGUCAGCCAGCGCACGCACGCGGAGCUCACAGUGCUUGCGACUCUCGAUCGCGAAAACUGUAAGCAGUACCGAAAUUGCUUGGCCAUGGGGAAAGGUUGA